UCACAGGUGAUUUCUCCGAUAGAGGUAGUCGGCCAUUAUUUAUGUGUUGUCAGUGUAUUGUCGAUAUUUAUUAGUAUUUUUCUGCUAAUGAGCCUAAUUUGACCGACGUAUUCCAGUCUUUUGUACCUACUUUUGGCUCAUUUUAAAGUAUUGUAUCGAAUUUAUUACUUAUAGAAACCAUUAUGUCUGGCUCAGGUCCUUACAGCUACUCAUAUAUAUUCAAAUAUAUUAUCAUUGGAGAUAUGGGAGUUGGGAAAUCAUGUCUCUUACACCAGUUCACAGACAAAAAAUUUAUGGCCGAUUGUCCUCACACAAUUGGAGUUGAGUUUGGAACUCGAAUCAUCGAGGUUGACGGACAGAAAAUCAAACUACAGAUUUGGGAUACGGCCGGACAGGAGAGAUUCAGGGCUGUGACCAGAUCAUACUACAGAGGUGCAGCCGGAGCUCUGAUGGUUUAUGACAUCACUCGUCGAUCUACCUACAACCAUCUCAGCAGUUGGCUGACGGACACGAGGAAUUUGACCAACCCGAGCACGGUUAUAUUCCUGAUUGGCAACAAGAGAGAUCUGGAUGCCCAGCGAGACGUUACGUACGAAGAAGCAGCUCAAUUUGCUGAAGAGAAUGGACUCAUGUUCGUUGAAGCAAGUGCCAAAACAGGUGAUAAGGUUGAAGAAGCGUUUUUUGAAACAGCAAAGAAAAUAUACCAAAGUAUUCAGGAUGGCAAAUUGGAUCUUAAUGCUGCAGAGUCUGGUGUCCAACACAAACCGUCACAGAAGUCCGGCACCAACACCCUCGUCAACGAUCAGCAGUCUAACAAGAACAACUGCAAUUGUUAGGUCUAGGGAAGAUUGGUAACCGACUAGAUGCGCCUCCGGUUUAUUUGGUCAGAUUUUUGUUUUAACAAUCGCUUUUUUGUACUCUCUAAAACAAAAAUGGAGCAUGUCGGAAAAAACCGAGACAUGUUUAUUUAAUUGCAAAUCAUGUUUUGGACGAUUAAAAUAUUUCAUUUGUGGUCGCUUGGCUGUACUAUAACACCUAUGUAUAUUUUAAACUGUAGGCUGUUCUAGCACGGUUUGGUUACGGUUGAACGGUAGUCUGCUCAAAUGGUUUCUGAAAGGAAAUUUUAACAUGGGGUUUUUGGGCGUUUUUACCUCAGAUUUUAUUUGGCCAUUAUAGGCUAUUUGGAAAAUUUAGGUUUUCAUAUAAAUAACUUUUAUGUUUGUUGAGAGAAUUAUAUUAGUUCUUACUCCACCUAAACAUUCCAAGCUAUAAAUACUUUUUGUUCUAUUAUUUUUAAAAUCGGCCUGUUUCUUACCACUUCUAAUGCCCGUAGCUAAAAUGCAUUUUCCGAACAAAAAUCCUAAUUCACAGAUUAGGAUUUUUGUUCACAGAUGUUGAAUGUUUAAACUGAAACACUGUUGUAUUUUAGAAAAUUUUGUAUUUGUAUUAGUAAAACUGAUUGAAUUGGAAUAUUUUAAACACUCCCAAUAAUAUAUCAUGUAGGUUUUGUUUUAAGAUUAAUGUAAAACUUGCUUUUAAAAACCCUUGGAGCCAUUUGAGCAGUACUGUUUUGUUAAUAUUAAGUCAUUGUAAUGUAAACUUAAUUCUUAUUUUAAAGAGCAUUUUGUUCCAUGUUACUGAUUACCCAUAUGUAUAAUGUACGUACUACGUUUAUCAUAAAAUGUAAUAUAUUGUGAGAUUGUCACACUUUAUUUUCACAUAGGGUUAAGUGACUGAAGCAAGAAUAUUUUGGAGUUAGCCUAGAUUGUUAUAUUUGUUAUUAUACGAUUUUGUUGGCAGAAAUAUAUAUUUUUUGUUAUGCUUGUAUAAUACCAGAACCUUUUUUAUUUUUUAAAAUAUCACUUAAUCAUUGUGUGUAAAACAAAAGCCAAAGCCAACUUUUCCUUGUCUUUCAAUUGGAUUUAAAUUUAACUUGAAUUUGAUAAAUUUAUAGCAACUUAAAAACUGAUCAUAUGAUCCUUUGUACAGAAUAUCCACAUGAUUAGAACUUGUACUGAGAUAUGUCAAAUUCAAUUUCACACAGUACUGAUAUAAGUUUGAAGUCUUAUAACAUUUGGAAAUAUAUUUACACUGCAUUGUAAUCAUACACUAAAAGAAAAUUACAAUAUUUGUCAUUAUCUAUUGAAUUUAAUUUCUGUCUUGUGUUAUUAGUGUGGUAAAAGUGUAAAUACAUUUCAUUCAACAUGUUAGUAUAAAUCAUUUUAGUUAAUUUCAAUGGAGAAUUAAUUUUCAUGAAUUUCUUUAUAAUUUUAUCAGGUCUGCAAUCAACUAUUGUGCAGUAUAAAUACACAAAUGUUGAAUCAUAAGUGUUCAAGUAAAAUUUUGGUAAAUAAAAGUGUUAUGUUGAUUACAUUGGUUAUUGACAAAAAAAUCAUUGUUUAGGAAACUGUGCCUCAAAAUUAAAUUUGACUUUAAUAGUCUUAACUCGUCAGCAUUAUCACAGAAUUAAUAUUUACUUGGUUGCUGGAUUAUUACCUACACCUUUCAUGGAGAUCUUACAAAGAUAUAAAAGAUACACAUAAAUAUGUUAUUGUUAAAAGUUAACUUGUGGUCUGUUUUAGCAGUUGAAUGUUGGUCAUUGGCCAAUUUUCUCGUUAAGUUUGUAAAAAAAAACAAACAGUUUCAAAGGCGUUUGCCUGAUGUACAAAGUAGUUGAACAUAUCUUAUCGUCAGUCGCUCUUCGUAGGUUAAGAUUAAAGAUUGGUUGAUUGACUUUGACACCUUUGUAUUGUUCAGUUUUGUCUUAACUUUGCUAUUAUGUUUCUUAACCACAUUGUAUUUUUGUGUCUCAGUAAAAUAUAUGACAUUCCGAUUAA